CUUCAGCCCACAGUCAUCAUUUUACUAAGGGUUUUUGUCUUCUUCUGCCUUUCCUUUUCUAUAAAAGAAGACCAAAGAGGAACGAGCGAGCUAAGUGUGAGAGGGAGCUGAGAACUGUCCUGGGAUAUGGUGUGAAGCAGUUUUCCCAACAUCAUUUGCUGAAGAGGAAUUUCCUUUCCUCCAUUGUGAUAGUGCAUGCCCAGUGUGUGGUAACCAGUACUUGAGGAAACUGUCGUAGGUUGGGAGGAUACCAUGGCAUCUAGACAUUAUAUGAAGGCCCCUGUUUGUCUGGUGGAGAACAAGAAUGAAUGUUUGUCAGUGAACCAGAAAGCAAUACAGAUUCUUGAGAAGAUUUCUCAGCCAGUGGUGGUGGUGGCCAUUGUAGGACUGUAUCGAACAGGAAAAUCCUAUUUGAUGAACCGUCUUGGAGGACAGAACCAUGGUUUCCCUCUGGGUUCUACAGUGCAGUCUGAAACCAAGGGCAUCUGGAUGUGGUGUGUGCCCCACCCUUCCAGGACAGACCACACCCUGAUCCUUCUAGAUUCUGAGGGCCUGGGGGAUGUGGAAAAGGGCGACCCUAAAAAUGACUCGUGGAUCUUUGCCUUGGCUGUGCUUCUGUGCAGCUGCUUUGUCUACAACAGCAUGGGCACCAUCAACCACCAGGCUCUGGAACAACUGCAUUAUGUGACAGAGCUCACAGAACUCAUCAGGUCAAAGUCCUCCCCAAAUCCUGAUGAAGAAGAAGAUUCCACAGAGUUUGUGAGCUUCUUUCCAGACUUCAUCUGGACUGUCAGGGAUUUCACCCUGGAGCUGAAGUUAAAUGGAUGCAUGGUCACAGAAGAUGAGUACUUGGAGAAUGCCUUAAAACUGAUUCCAGGCAAAAACCCCAAAAUCCAAAUAUCUAAUCAACCGAGAGAGUGCAUCAGGCAUUUCUUUCCAAAAAGGAAGUGUUUUGUUUUUGAUCGACCAACACAUGAUAAAGAACUUCUAGCCCAUAUCGAGAAGGUGUCUGAGGACCAAUUGGAUCCUACAUUCCUGAAACAAACAAACAAAUUCUGUUCUUUUGUCUUCAAUAAUGCAAGAACCAAGACACUCCGGGAAGGAAUAAUGGUCACUGGGAAUCGUUUGAGUACUCUGGUGGUGACCUAUGUGGAUGCUAUCAACAGUGGAUCAGUUCCUUGUUUGGAGAAUGCAGUGGCAACAUUGGCCCAGAUUGAGAACGCAGCUGCCGUGCAGAAGGCAGCUGACCACUACAGUGAACAAAUGGCUCAGCAAGUGAAGUUCCCCACAGAUACACUCCAGGAGUUUCUAGAUGUGCAUGCAGCCUGUGAGAAGGAAGCUAUUACAGUCUUCAUGCAGCAGUCCUUCAAGGAUGCAAAUCAGGAGUUCCAGAAGAAUCUUGUGGAAAUCAUAAAAGUUAAGAAGGAAGACUUCUUGCUUCAGAAUGAACAGAUAUCUGUUAAAUAUUGCCAGGCUAAACUUGACGAGCUUUCAAAGACCUUAAUGGAAAGUGUUUCAGCAGGAAUAUUCUCUGUGCCUGGAGGGCAUAAGCUCUAUAGGGAAGAAAAAGAAAGGAUUGAGCAGAACUAUAAUGAACUGUCUAGAAAAGGACUGAAGGCAACUGAAGUCCUCCAGAGCUUCCUGGCAUCACAAGUAACUAUAGAGAAAUCCAUCUUGCAGUCAGACAAGGCCCUCACAGAUAGAGAGAAGGCCAUAGAAGAGGAGCGGGCAAAGAAGAAAGCUAUUGAAAAGGAACAAGAGCUACUAAGACAGAAAAUGCAGGAACAACAGCAGGAGAUGGAAGCACAAAAGAGGAGUCUUCAGGAACAUAUAGUCCAACUGGAAGAGAAGAUGAAGACAGAGAGAGAAAAACUUCUGCAAGAACAAGAGAUGAUGUUGGAGCAUAAACUAAAGGUUCAAAGAGAUCUUCUUAAUGAAGGAUUUAAACAGAAAUCAGAAAUGUUGAAUUCAGAGAUAAAGAUGUUGAAAGAUAAGAUUAAUGAAGUUGAAAAUGAUAAUUCCUUUCUUUCAGUCCUGGGCAAAAUUGGUCGUGAAAUCACUUCAGUACUUUUCACUCCAGCAAAAGUUCUUACUGGUAUUGUAGCACCACUACUUAAAAAAUAACUCUCCUUGCACACACCAUACAUAGGUAUGAAGCUAUCCCCCUGAAACCAUAAAGUUUUGUAACACACUGUUAAAUCACUAAUAAAAAAAAAAUCAAAAAAUUACUCUCCUUUAUUAAGAAAAAGUAUAGAAUGUAAAUAAAGCUUACUUUUAGUGUGCUUAUUUUUUGUUUUGUUUAUUUUUAUUAUGCAGUAUUUCAAACAUGAAAAAUCUCCUUAGUAGAUAUUCACACCACACCCACACUGACAGAAUAAAUGGAUAUAAAUGUUGAUACAGCAUGUUCACUUUUAGGAUGUAUACAAAUGCAAAGUCAUAUUUCAUCUCUGCUUCCUUUAGUCCUACCUAACCAUGUGUCUACUAGCAUAAUCCCAUCUCAUUCUUGCUUUUUAUUGAAAAGUUUGAAUAAAAUCUUAGUUCACAUCCAUCCUUGCCUCUUUAUCAAAUGGUCUACUUACCACAAUAUCUUUGCUGUUUUAUUAUGAAUAUAUCUCCCUAACUUUUGUGUUGUGGACUGCCAGCGCUCACAUGGAGUGGCUCCAACUGGGGAGGGGGGUAAGCCUCCAAGACCCUCCUUCACCAGUUCUAGUGACUGUGUGAAAUAGAAAGAGGCAUUGGGAGAUAUUCUGGUACGAACAUCCAUUUAUUUGGAGAUGGGUAUAGGAUUUUAUACUGAGUUAAACAAAGAACAUUUUUCACAUAUGUUAGAAAUCACAGGUUUCUUAAAGGUCAGCUUGCCCCCAUGGUAGGGGGUUGGUAUGACAAGAAUUGAUGAGAUACAUAAAGGUCAAGACAAUUAGUUUCCAUGAUGCAGGCAAGUUAAUUAUCCAAAGGUAUUUGAGAAAAGCAU